UGCAUGUUUAUUUACUGUCUAAACGGAAGAGGAGCAUGUCCCGCAUUUAGCCAUUUUCUCUUUAGACCAGGAAAAACGUCCUAGAAGUAAGACAUGACUUAAUGUAUUUCAUAUGUAAGUCCGUUUCGUUUGAGUCAGCGCUUUAACAUCGGAUAGGGUGCCGUUUUCUGUCACUAGGUUAGCUUAGCUACCUGUGUUUACUUGCUAGCAUGACAGCUAACUAACAUGUUCGCGCGCUCGUCAGCUCGAUGCGUUUCUCUUUGAUACGACUAAUAUGGAAUGAAUAAUUUAGGUUAGUAAAUUUGCAAGAAAUUGCUUAGGCACUUUGCGGAUAUAUAGCUGUUCAGCUCAGCUAGCAUUUCGCUAUAUAAAAUAAGUCAUAAUUUAGACAGUAGUCCAGACUGUAAAAUUAUAACCAGCUGUUUGGAAAGUGGUUUACAAGACUGAAGUGAGACUUCCAGCCACUGUCCACAUCAACACAGCUGUGCUAUUGAGGUGCGAUCUCGUCCCUGUCCCAAUCUGCUAAAGCGUGCUGCAAGAAUGCAGUCUAUAAGCAGAAGAGAUUCUGGAGUGUGGCAACAAACCAGGGGCCUGCUCUACAAAAACAUCCUCAUCAAAUGGAGAACCAAGCAACAAAGUCUGCAGGAGCUGAUCCUUCCUCUGCUCCUUUUGGGCCUUCUCAUCCUCAUUAGUAUGCUAAACCCACAUAUCUCUUAUGGCAGCAUCAGUACUACUAAUCUUGGUGACGAUGAGUACGCGUCAUUCAGAGGCCUGGGCUACACGCCUGUAACAAAUGUCACAAGUCAGAUUAUGGAGGAGGUCGCACAAGAGCUACAAAUGCAGGAACGAUUGGAGAUGUUCUCUAGUGAAGAAGACCUGGAAAACGCCAGCCUGUAUGAGCCACUUGGCUAUGUGGGUGUAGUGUUCAUUGAUAAAAUGUCCUACAAGCUACGUUUCCCCUACUCCCACGUCCCCCUAACUAGUGUCUACACUGAGUCAACUGCAAAUUGUUACCAAGAUUCUUCAGACUGCCGUGCAGCAAACUACUUUUACAAUGGGUUCAUACGUCUGCAGUCACUGAUUGACGCUGCUAUCAUACAGAUGCAGACGAAACGUUCAGCAUGGAGAGAGCUGAAGUUGCGUGUGGUAAUGAUGGGUCACCCAGGCUCAGUGGAGGUCCAGAAGUUUCCUCAUGCGCUUAUCUCCAUCUAUCUAGUGCUGGCCUUCACACCAUUUGUCUCCUUCCUCAUUGUCAAUGUAGCAGCUGAGAAAGAGCAUCGGCUGAAAGACACCAUGACCAUGAUGGGACUGUAUGACACGGCAUUCUGGCUCUCAUGGGGUCUUCUCUAUGCUGCCCUGGUGACAACGAUAUCUGUUCUUAUGGCUAUUAUUGCCACAUGGACCCCUCUCUUCUCCAACAGCAAUUUCCUCAUCAUCUUCCUCCUCAUUUUCCUCUAUGGAAUAUCCACUAUCUUCUUCUCCUUCAUGCUGACUCCUUUGUUUAAGAAACCCAAGUUUGCAAGUACAGUGGGCUCCAUGCUGACCUUGGUGUUUGGCUCUCUGUCUCUGUUUACUGUGCUGAUGAGGGACUUUCCCCAGCUGGCUGUCUGGCUGCUCUGCCUGCUUUCCCCCAGUGCCUUCUCAAUAGGUAUUGCACAGGUGGUGUAUCUGGAGGCACAGGAGGAUGGGGCAGUCUUCUCCACUCUGGCUAAUGGCCCUCAUCCACUCUAUGUGCCACUGCUUAUGCUUUGCUUAGACUGCAUCCUCUAUCUGCUGCUUGCCAUUUACCUAGAGCAGGUUUUGCCAGGGGAGUUUGGAAUGCGACGUUCUAUGAUCUACUUCCUGAAGCCUUCUUAUUGGUCAAGACGCAGGAAGCGCUAUGUGGAAGUGAGCUCUGUGUAUGAGGCAGAGGUGAAUGGAACUCCUACAGCUGAUGAAUCAGUAGAGCCUGUUUCUCCUGAGUUUAGAGGCAAAGAAGCUAUCAGGAUCUGUAACAUCCGUAAAACCUAUAAAGGGAAAGACAACACAGUGGAAGCAUUGAGAGGUUUGACCUUUGAUAUCUAUGAAGGCCAAAUUACAGCUCUGUUGGGUCACAGUGGAGCAGGAAAAUCUACCCUCAUGAACAUCCUGUGUGGCAUUUGUCCUCCAACAGAAGGCUCUGCUACCAUAUAUGGCUCCCCGGUGGCGGAAAUAGCAGAUGGGGUUGAGAUGAAGCAGCUUGUGGGGAUCUGCCCUCAGUUCAACAUCAUCUUUGAUGUGCUGACUGUAGAGGAGCAUCUGAAGAUUUUUGCAGCUAUUAAAGGCAUUCUGCCCUGUGACAUUGAUAAUGAGGUUAAGAAAGUUUUGAAGGCUCUAGACCUGGAGAAGAUCAUGGAUGCCCAGGCCAAGAACCUGAGUGGAGGUCAGAAGAGGAAGCUGUCUGUGGGCAUUGCAAUUCUAGGAGACCCCAAGAUCCUGCUUCUGGAUGAACCUACAGCUGGUAUGGACCCAGUGUCUCGUCACCAAGUGUGGUCAUUACUGAAGAGUCGCAGGGCAGGCAGAGUUACUGUCCUUAGCACACACUAUAUGGAUGAAGCGGACAUACUUGCAGAUCGUAAGGCAAUUAUCUCUCAAGGCCAGCUGAAAUGUGUGGGUUCUUCUCUCUACCUCAAAACUAAAUGUGGUGUUGGCUACCACCUCAGGAUGUCUGUGACUGAAACCUGUGAGGUAGACAGCCUCACAUCAUUGGUCAAGCAGCAUGUUUUGAAGGCUGAGUUGUCAAGGCAACAGGAAGCUGAACUCACAUUCACAUUGCCUUUUGAGAGCAUGGAAACAUUUCCAGGACUUUUUGCCAAGCUGGACAGUAGAUCUGACUUGGGCAUCAUAAACUACGGUGUUUCCAUGACAACAUUAGAAGAUGUCUUUCUGCGUUUGGAGGCGGAAGCGGAAGUGGACCAGACGGACUACAGUGUGUUUAACCAGGAGAAGGUAGAAGAAGGAGGUGACCCCUCCUGUCUGGAUGAUGUGGACCAGAGACUUCUGACCUUCUCAGAAGGCAGGCAUGAUGCAGUGACUGGCCACACCCUCUGGACUCAGCAGUUUAGCACUGUGGCCUGGCUCCAUAUGCUCAACCUGCAAAGGGAGAAAAAACCCAUCAUAUACAAUGUGACUCUGUUCCUGGUCUUCUUGACUGCAGUGCUGGUUGUCUCACUGGCUACGGGGAAUAUUAAGAUCCACUCCCCUGAGAUACAGUUAAAGUCUAUUUAUCUGCUUCGCAGCCAUGAAGCACCUCGCAAAUAUGCCACCAGCUUGCUCGUGCUCAACUCCUCUGAUUCAGAUAUAUCAGGCUUCAUUCAUAAUCUGGAGUCCCAGGACAUUAAGGUGGAAAUAAUGAGGAAACCAGACUACAUGUCUGCUGCACCUCACAGUGCUGCCAUCAAUGUAACAGGUUCCAGUAAGGGUUUUAAUUACAUUGUAGCCUUUAACAGUACUACAGUACACUCUUUGCCAAUGGCAGUGAAUGUUCUGAGCAACGCUCUCCUCAGAGGCUACAAUGGUACUGGUCACAUAAACACCUGGACCAAACCCUUUGACUAUCAAAUUGCAGAUUCAACAGCUCAGGCUGAGGUUUUCAUUGAGGCUGUGAUACUGAGUAUGCUAGCAGCUGGAAUGCCAGCCUAUUUCGCAAUGGACCAUACACGAGAUCGAGAGAUAAAGUGUCAUUCAACAUUGAGGAUCUCUGGUUUGGUGCCGUCAGCAUACUGGUGUGGGCAAGCAGCUGUAGAUAUCCCCUUCUUCUACCUCAUCCUCAUCUGUAUGACCUGCACAUUGUUCGCUUUUCACUCCACAGACCUGCUUUCUAACAGCAAUGUCUUGGCUGUGAUUAUUUCUCUCAUUGGUUUCUGCCCAGCCAUGAUCCUCUUCACGUACUGUGUGUCUUUCAUGUUUACUAAAGUCCAGAGCAACAGAGACUUUUUCUCCGUCAUCUCUAUGAUGGUUUGUUUAGUGUCUGCCUGCAUGGUUCAGAUGGUCUUUGUGAAUGAUAAUCCUGGACUAACACGUUUCCUACAUAAUGUGCUGUGUUUCUUCAACCCACUGUAUCCUCUGAUAGGGUGCUUCAGCUGCAUUACCAUGGCUACAUUCUUAAGUCCUUACCAUGAGGACUUCCUUUGGAAGAAUUUACUUAUUGCUGUUAUUUCUCCCUACUUCCAGUGCAUUUUGCUUCUGUUUUUGCUGCUAUGGCUAGAGAACCGCUAUGGAGGCCAAACUAUGAAAAAUCACCAGCUGUGCAGGGUUUCAUGUAAAACCAAGGGCAAAUUGCAGUGGAACCCAGAGGAGAAUAGUAAUGAGGAUGAGGAUGUUAUGAUGGAGAAGGCUCGAGUGAAGGAGGCCCUCACCUGUCAGUGCUGUGAAGAGAAACCAUUGGUGGUGGUGAGUAACCUGAGGAAGGAGUACCUAGUGAGGAAAGACGGCUUCUCCUUAAGUAAAAAGAGAAAAGUGGCUGCCAAGAACAUCUCCUUCUGUGUCAGAAAAGGUGAGAUCCUGGGGCUUCUGGGACCUAAUGGAGCAGGGAAGAGCACGAUCAUGCACAUGCUCUCCGGAGAGACGACUCCUACUGCAGGACAAAUUUUAAUGGGAGACUAUGGCACAGAGUUCAGGCCAGUGGAUAACCCACUUGAGCAUGUAGGUUACAGCCCCCAGGUAAACCCACUGUGGCCUAGGAUCACCCUACAAGAGCACCUCCAGAUCUAUGCUGCCAUUAAGGGUUUACACCACAAAGAUGCACUGAACAUCAUCAGACGUGUUGUUAAUGCACUGGAGUUGAAGGAGCACCUUCAUAAACAGGCUAAAAGUCUGUCUGCAGGCCUUAAGAGGAAGUUGUGUUUUGCAUUAAGCAUGCUGGGGAACCCUCAGAUUGUGCUCCUAGAUGAACCUUCAUCUGGGAUGGACCCCAAGUCUAAGCAGCGAAUGUGGAGAGCGAUGCGUGUGGCCUUUAAAAACAAACAACGUGGUGCUAUCUUAACAACGCACUACAUGGAGGAGGCAGAAGCUGUGUGUGAUCGAGUGGCCAUCAUGGUUUCAGGCCAAUUACGUUGCAUUGGUUCCAUACAGCACCUAAAGGGGAAAUAUGGUCGAGGUUACAGUCUGGAGAUUAAACUUCGAGAAGAGCUCACAGGCCUCCAGCAGGUGGCACUACUACACAAGGAGAUACUAAGGAUCUUUCCUCAUGCUGCACGCCAGGAGAGUUUUGCCACCUUGAUGGUUUAUAAGAUUCCAAUGGGGGAUGUUAAAUCACUAGCCAAAGCUUUCUCUCAGUUAGAGAGUGCUAAGCAAAACUUCAAUUUUGAAGAGUACAACUUUUCCCAGUCUACUUUGGAGCAGGUUUUCAUGGAAUUUGCUAAAGAACAGGAGAAUGAGGAGGAUGACGUGGGCUCUCUUAGCACCACAUUCCAGUGGCAGCGGCUACCGCAGGAUGGCAGAGCGUCCGUCAAUCAUUCUGAUAGUAUUGUGUACCAGUUGUGAGCCAGCCCUUUCAGCCUUCUGUCUCCCCCUACCAUCUCUGUGUCUCACUCCAGAUAGUUGGUGCCCCAGUACUAGGUGCCACUGCUAUGAGGGUCUGCAGAUCCAUGGAGUUGGCACGGGCACCAACAUGACUGCAUUAUUCACAUCUCAGAUGACACUCGCAGAUUCCUAAGCUUGUGCUGGGAUUUAAAAAAUCUUUGAGACUGAGAGAUUUUUGAAUUCCCACCCCCUUAUUUAUUCUACAUACCUUUGCUACUUACUGGCCUUUGUGAACAGGUUUAUACCACGUUCACUUGUGUCUUGAGCUUAUCUUCCAGCUGCUGGGUGAUGUCAUGCGUGUUGAAUCAGUCAACAGGUAGAAAAGCAAUGCAACGGAGGCGUAUCGCUGAAUCACUUAUUCACAUCAACACUAAAAAGGUGCUUUUAGUUUUUGUAGCAAGAGAUCUAAAGCGUAUAUGCUCUUGUAUGUGCUUUGUUCUUGGGAAUCUGAUGCAUGUGGUUGAAACGUCACAAGCACAGUGUGAUGGCACUGCCGAGACAUACCAGCAUGUUGAGUCUCUGCUUCUCAACCCCACCAUGAGGCAUGAGGAGUGUCCACUGCCUCUGCUGCAUCAGCGGAGCUCUUGGACUCCUUUUCCAACACCAGCACACGCUUCAGGCCCUUAGACAUUCAGCUGUCCAAAGACUGAUGCCUGAUCAGAAGGUAUAGACCUGUACACAUCAAUAUAGGUACUGAAUGGCAAAUGAUUUCACAAAGCAACACCCCCCCCCGUUUCUCUUGUGUGUGUGUGUGUGUAAUUUUUAUCUUUUACUUUCCUUGGGGCCUUCCUUACACCUUCCUGUUCUCGUGUAAAUGUCAUAAAUGAUUGAAUGUAGAAUGUAGUUUCCCAUGCACUCCACUUACAUGCAUGUAGCACUCUUAAUUUAUCAGACUUGGAAACAUGGCCUAGAGGUGGUGGGGAAGGCUUUGAAGUCAGAGGACUCCUUUCCUUUCCUCUUUUAAUUAUUUAACAUUACGUCUCAGCAAGUCCUUGGACGCAUGAUGGAACUAUUAUUUGUGUUAUUGAAAAAUGGGAUUGUGACAGUUAUCCUACUUUUGUAGCAAAGAUUAAGAGCUUUAUGGUGGAGAAAAUGCUUUUUAAUGGAUGGAGCUUAUUUUCACACAUUGUAUUCACUUGUUUCAAUUUAUUUUCCCCUUUUGGAAGAAGACUAAUAUUAGCUAUUAACAUUAAUAAUAUUAACAUUGUUGAUUAAAGGUGUUGUCUGGUUAUUGCUUCUUUGGCACAGGCUACACACAGAAUAACAAAUGCAAAUUCAACAUGAUCUAAAACAAGUGACCGUUUGAAUUAUUUAUAAUUAUUGUACUUGUAAAAAGGAGAAUGAGCAGAUUAGUAUGGAGUUUAGAGUUUGCAAUAAAGCAAUUCUUUCCAUGUCCAUAUUUUUCUUUAUGCAGAUCAACACAACUGUUUGUUAUAGAGAGAUGUUUUUAUGUUUCAGGUAUGUCAAUUAAGUGCAGUUCAAAAAUUCAGCAGCAAUUAAAAAUCGUUUUUUUUUUUGUUUUUUUUUUUUGAGGUGGAAUAAGCAUCGUUAUUAUAGUUACCUCUUCUCCAUAGGUUAGCAGUUAGAGUUGUCACUUUUAUUGAUUGGCUGGAUGGGUGAAAUGCUCCAAUGAAAGACUGUAUUUUUGUCUAGAAUGAGUCAUUAGCAUGCAGUUGAACUUGUUAACUCAGCACCUCUAAUCCUGUGUAAGAGUGACAGUUUGACCCUGUUGGUCUGGUACACAAGGAGCUAUGUAAAGUUGUUGUAUUUUUGUUUAUAUGAAAAGCUGUUCAAGUCUGUUCGAGUGUCUUUAGGGGUUGGCUACUUGUUGUUUGUACAUAUUUCAAUAUUUUUCUCUUCUACUUCACAAUUAAAACAAACUUGUCCCUGAAUAUAAAA